AAGCGGAAGUAAGUACGUGGCCGGACCAGCUGACGUUUCUGCACGAUGGCGACUGAGGUUCAGAGCGGCGACCUCAACGGUGGAAAUGCGAGCCGUCUCGAGGUUUCCAUCGACGGUUUGACUCUCAGCCCGGAUUCGGAGGGAGAAGCGGAUCACACGGACGCGCUCGGGCCGCACACAGACGAGCACAGCGCCGCGGACCCGAGCGCCACCGGCCAGGACGACGGGGAGCAAAAUGCCGAGAAUUCCGUGGAGAGAGUGUGGGGCUUUCCUUUAGUGGAGCUCUACGCCCUGGCUCUCAGAUUCUUUAAAGAAAAAGACGGAAAGGCCUUCCACCCGACGUACGAGGAGAAGCUGCGUCUGGUGGCGCUCCAUAAGCAGGUGUCUCAGGGGCCCUACAAUCCAGACGCCUCCCCUGAAGUGGGCUUCUUCGAUGUGCUGGGAAAUGACCGCAGGAAAGAAUGGGCUUCGUUGGGGAACAUCGGGAGGGAAGAGGCCAUGGUGGAGUUUGUCAAGCUGUUAAAUAAAUGCUGCGUCUUGUUUGCGCCGUUCGUCGCGUCUCACAAGAUUGAAAAAGAGGAGCAAGAGAGGAAGAGGAAGGAGGAAGAGGAGCAGCGGCGUCGAGAGGAAGAGGAACGGGAGCGUCAGUUGCAGGAGGAGGAGCGGCGCCGGAGGGAGGACGAGGAGAGACUAAGGAGAGAAGAGGAACAGAGGAGGCAGGCGGAGGAGGAGAGACUCCGUGUGGAGCAGCAGAAGCAGCAGAUCAUGGCUGCGUUAAACGCACAGACGGUGGUGCAGUUCCAGCAGUACGCGGCGCAGCAGUACCCGGACAGUCCCGAACAGCAGCUCAUUCUCAUCAGGCAGCUGCAGGAACAGCACUACCAGCAGUACAUGCAGCAGCUCUACCAGGUGCAGCUGGCCCAGCAGCAGGCGGCGCUACAGAAGCAGCAGGAGGACGCUAUAGUUCUCUCCAAGUUCGAGGCCAGCGAGAUGUCGGCGUCCCCCGGCGGCGACGAGGUUCCCACGGUGAACGGCCAGGCGGAGUCGUCCGUCGACGGCGUAGAUCGAGAGCCAGAGCUGGAGCCUGCGGAGGAGGUCACCGAGAACGGCCCAACAGACUCUCCCCCGGUGAUCGCGGCCCCCUCUAUGUGGACGCGGCCGCAGAUCAAAGACUUUAAGGAGAAGAUCCGGCAGGACGUGGACUCCGUGAUCACGGUAGGCCGAGGAGAAGUGGUCACGGUCAGGGUCCCCACCCACGAGGAGGGCUCGUACCUCUUCUGGGAAUUUGCUACAGACCACUACGACAUCGGGUUUGGCGUCCUCUUCGAGUGGACCGAUUCCACCAACGCCUCGGUGAGCGUGCACGUCAGCGAGUCCAGCGACGAAGAUGAGGACGAGGACGGUGAGAGGGAAAACUCUAUCGGUAUCUCAUAUGAGCCUCCAAGCGAGGAGGAAAAGGCCAAGAAGGAGGCGGGGAAGCCUCAGGUGGACGAGAUCGUGCCGGUUUACCGGCGGGACUGCCACGAGGAGGUGUACGCAGGGAGUCACCAGUACCCUGGCCGUGGCAUCUACCUACUCAAAUUUGACAACUCGUACUCGCUCUGGAGGUCGAAGAGUGUCUAUUACAGAGUCUACUACACCAGAUAAGCCUGGGGUCAAGACUGUUGAGCAAGAGAGAGUGUGUGUGUGUGUGUGCGUGAGUGUGCAUGGGGUGCGUCUCAUGCUGUCGGCGUUUAGGAGGAUUGGCCUGUGACGUAUCCGCGCCACCUCCGUUUUGCACUCUGAAAGGCGUGCUCUAUGAUCCCGUGCUUGUCGAUAGUAUUGUCUUCUGUUCACAGUGUGAUUUCUCCUCAGCCUCCAUGUCCUAAUGUCAUCCAAAGAGGUGCUUUGGCCACUAAGAGAGCUGCGUACGUUCAACGAAAUUGACCGGUUUAUUGAUCUGAUCAGAUAAAGAGUCUGGGAAGUAUGACCAAAAAAAAAAUAAAAAAGAAAGAAAAGUAGGCUUGCGAUAAUUAACGCUGCUUUUCUCCUUUUUGUUUUUUUCUUUAUUAUUAUUAUUAUUAUUUUUUUGCCUGGACACAGUGCUUUAAUUACCAUUACCUUAUUUCCUAGAAAGUCAGCGUGAACUCCUGCGCCGCUCUACGUCGGGAUCCCCUCCGGAACCUCCUCCGGAACCUUGUUUAUUAAAACUCGACCGGGCCCGUGGCCGCUUGAUUGCUUGAAUAUUCGUCACGGCGUAGUAUUUUUCAGAAGCAAGCCCAUCCUCUCAUCAGUGAAAGCCUGUCUCAGUGUCGUCUUUUCAUAUCGGUGGCAUAUUCGUGACUGUUCAUGUGCCGCGUUACUGAUAAUAUAAAUAACGGAUGAUGACGAUCACAUCACGAUUAGUCACCGAACACUGGUUCGAAAACAACAAGACGGGCCUUUAUCCCGCGUUAUCUUGUGUAACUCCGGGACGAUAUAGCCGUGCAAAAUAUAAUCGAUGAUGAUUGACUACAACACUAUAAUUCCCCCGCCGUUCAUCAUCGAAGAAGGGUUCGUCCUGGGGAGCGCUUACGCACGGGACGUAUUAGCAGCGUACCGUACAAGCAGACAUGCGAAGUAGUAUGGAAAGAUUCGUUCUUAAGAAUAGUGCUAGACUAGAAACCACAAACUCUGCUCUCUUCUUUAUCGGGUGCUCUUCUUUAAAGUUAAAUUCUAUUAACUUAAUCGUUCGCCGAUUUUAUCGAUGACAUUUUUUCUGGGUGGUUAUGAGUUGAAGACGUCGUUCACGUGCUGAUUUUUAUUUCAUUUUUUUGCUGUUAUGCCUGCACAUAGGCUAAUUUCUAUUCUAAUGAUAUUUUAGUAAUGUUUAUCAUCAUCAUCAUCAUCUUGUGAACAGUACGAGUGAAACACCAGCUCCUUCUAGUGGAAAUAAAUGUCGUCUGGCGUUCCUAAACACCGGCCCAGGUGGACGUAGAAACGCAGCACUCGCAGAUCGGGAUAAAGGACAGAUGUGGUCCAGCGACGUGUGCAAGCAGGGGCUGCUGGGACUGAAGAAACCAGUAAUACAUGACUUUUCUACUGACUGAAGGGUGAGGAUGAUGAUCAGGAUUACACUGGUGCAAAGGAGGAGGUUUGUUUUGCAGAAAAUGAUUAAAGUGGUUCGUGUGUGUGUGUGUGUGUGUGAGAGAAGCGUUUAAUAAAUAUUUAUUAAUCCGCCUGGUAGAUUAGGGUUCUUGAUGUAUCGACGUAUAACUUAUCUCCCAACUGUUCACUCUUCUGCUUCUGAAUGAGCUUCUCGUCUCUCGACUGAACCAGUCACGGUCAUAUUUUGUUUUUUAUAUAUAUAUUUUUUUUUUGUUCGGGUUUUGGAAGUUCUGACUUUUCCUAUCGAGGCGUAACUCUCAAGGCUGUUCAAACUCUCUACUUGGCUUCUUUUUUUUUUUUUUUUUCGGUCUGUCGCCGUUACAUUUUAAUGUACAUAGUUCUAGAAAGCGACGUUAAAACCCAGAUUGUAAGUAAACCCAUGGUCUCUAUAUGUUACACGGACACCCCGUCGCGUCCGUUCCGCACUAACCGUCUCGUGCGUCUUGUAUUACCGUGGCCGCCAGACGGAACGCCCGAAACCUUGACCGUUUGUCUGGAAAGCGUUUACAGCGAGCCCUGCUGUGACCCCCGACCGUUACGUGCUCCGUGCUCCGAGCUGGCGUUUUUUCGAAGAAGGCUUCUUCAUCAUCAGGACUUUUCGCUUACGAUAUUCUUCACUGGUUGUUCGAUGGCACUACUCCAGCAAGUUCAGCUGAGAUAUGAAAUGUGAGUGGGAGUGGGGGGGGGUUUAUUUUCUUUAUCUCCCCUUCCUAAAUCGUUAUCCCACGAAUCUGUGAAUAUAUUUAUGAUCAGUCCUGUCCAGAGCCGCGAUGACGAGAGCCUGACGCGCAGCAGUCCGACACCGUCGUUAUAAUUGACGGUAAAAUGUGUACAGAAGUGAUUUUUUUUAUUUUAUUUUAUUUUAUUUUUCCCCCCCUCAUUACCCCCGCCCCCCUCCCCCCGUGUUUUUAUUUUCUAUGUGUUUAAUAAUGCGAGUCAGGCCUUUUUGUAAAGUGGAAUGUAACUGAGGGCUUGAUCUUGGACUAAGGACUUUGUGGUGAAAUGACGGAAAUGUGGUAAAUAUCAUAUUGUACAUUUUUCUCCCAUUCGCAAAGUGAAAAUCAAUGUAAAUUUCAUACCAUGAACACAUGAAGUAACUUGAGAGGGUUUUUUUUUUUUUUUGUAUUGAUUUGACAUGAAUGAGUUCAGGGAUCACUUUCCCUGAGAAUUAUAUUUAAUCUUGAUUAAACCCAAGUUUAUCUGUA